AUGGCCGCUUCGCCAUUCUCCGGGCUAGGCCCUCGCCCUCUCUUCGACUGGGAACGCAUGGGCAAGCUCAACGUCGAGCUCGUCGGAUACGGAUGGCAGGGGAAACGGCUGAUCGCUCGCUUCCAUCUCCCGCAGGACACAGACCUUAGCUGUACCCAGCGCAGGGCCAGCGCCCUCGCCCGCGACGUCAAGCACUCCAAGCACUGGCAGUGCGAGUUCUGCGGCGAGUAUCUCCCCAACGCCUCUAAAAUGCCAGCUGACAGUACGCACCUCCAGGCGCGCCCGCCCGCGAGACGAACUUCCAGAACAUCUCCUGGCACCACCUCAACCCGCCGCGGCUCAUCAUAUAUGUACGUGCCCCGCCCAAAUCCCAACGCGCACGCAGCGCUAACGCCACCCACGCCGCAGCUGCACUUCGUCUGCGACAUGGACGAGCCGCACGUCCGCAAGGGCCUCGCCACGAUGCACGGGAUGCUGCAGCAGAUGGGCGGCGCGGGUCCGAUGCCCUCCCUUCCGAAACGCCCGGCCGGGGUCUCGUACCCGCUCGCGGGCAGCUGCGCGUUCUGCGAGCGCGACGACACGGCGAGCGAGGACGAGGAUGCGCAGCUGGAUCGGUGCAGUGGGUGUCGGAUGACGCGGUAUUGUGGGGUCGAGUGCCAGAGGAAGGAUUGGCCGAGGCAUACGGUUACAUGCGCGAUGGUGCACUCUGUGAAGUUCGAGAACUGGGACUGA